AGGCGACUGGGAGCAUGAUCUUCCACCGCAGAAUGAGAAUACAGGAUCCGAUAGAAGCCGCAUUUCAUUUGGCCGUGCAGAGUCUAUGAUAAGUAGCCCGUCUCCCCCAUGUGAUGGUCACUUUCACCGAGAUUCUCUGAACAGCAGCCCCAAGAUCUUCCCAAAAGAUGCUGGCAGUUUUUGUGAGAGUAUGGAAGUCGAUGAGAGUCAGGACUGGGAUUCACUGUCCUCAGGGGUCAGUCCCCCACGAGUUCCAGUGCCAAUAAUUGGUGCUGAAGACGAUGAUUUUGAUACAGAGGCUGAGCAAAUUGACGUUCAGUGCAGCUGUUUCCAAACCAUCGACCUUGUGAAAUCCAGGCCGGCACAUUUGGUUGCAUUUUUACAUCAUGUCGUGUCACAGUUUGAGGCAGCUCCAUUGCUCUGUUACCUCUAUGCUGAUCUCUACAAUCACACAAACUCUAAGGAUCAUCGACGGAUGUUUCUAGAGUUUUGCCAUUUUUUCUUGGAGAAGGGAUCGAAUCUCAAAGUUCAGGUUCCAGAAUGGAUCAGUGUAGAACUAGAACGUAGAAAAGGAGAUAUGUCUGAGGAAAUGCAACGUAGCUGGGUGCAGGGGAUGCAGGACAGUGUCCUGCCUGAUGUUCAGACACAUCUGGAAGAUUUCAGGCAAAAACGGAAUAUGGGAAUGACAAUCGGAGAGAAUGAAUUGGCAAAGUUGGAUGCAGAGCGAAUCCGGGACCGUGUGGCAGCAGAGCAGAAGGAACGGGUGUGUGCAGAGCACUUGUUACAGAAGAUCGAAGAAGUCCUUGCGACGUUAUCCCCUUCUGAGGAAGAGAAAAGUAAUUCUGUUGCAGAUGUGUUCUUCAUCUAUAUGAAGCACCUUGGAGUGAAAGUGAAGGAAAUGAGGAACCUGGACAGAGAGCGCAGGUUAAAAGUCGCAUUCUUUCCAAAGAAGAAGCAAAGUAUAAAGAAAGAGAAGGAAACAGUGAAAGAUGAUGAGAAAAAGAAACGUUUCCAGAGCAUUCUGGACCCGAUCCGUCGCACGAGCAAACAGGAUCGCAAUGCGAUUGAAAAGGCUAAGUUACUCCACCAGAGGCAAAUGGGACCAUAUACCCGAUCAGCUUCUCACUCUGACCACAGCGAGAGAUCAAAAUCUAUCCAGUUUUUCAACGAGGGAAAUGACGCAAGCUAUCAACCCAUGGUGAUUGGCUCACCAGGGCCAACUAUGGCCAACACUGUCCAUGAUGGGAACUCAGAGAGUGAAACAGAUUCUGGUUUUGCAACACCUACGUUGAAGAUGUUGACAGACAAUUCAUUAACAGGGGAUUCCAGCACUUCUUCACCAAAGUCGACCUUUGAGCUUCCAUCCAUCCUGGAUCAGGUGAUGGAGGAGGACAGGGAAUCUGAGAAAAGCCUCGAGACUGCCACACCCCCGUGUACUCCAAAGCCAGGCCGACGAGCGGAUGGGCACGGGUAUGGAGCGUGGACCGAGGCCAGUUCUCAGACACACUCCCUGAGUCAGACGGAGGAAGAUCAGAUGCACUUGUCGGAUGUGGAGCAGGACCCAGCCAAUUGGCAGCAGCUGGUUAGUCGGGAUGUCCUGUCUGGCCUGAAGCCACAUGAGAUCAAGAGGCAGGAAGUUAUUAACGAACUUUUCCAUACGGAGCGGGCUCACAUUCGAAUGCUGAAGGUUCUAGAUGUAAUCUUUUACCAGAAGAUGUUGCGAGAUGGUAGCAUACCUACAGCUGAUGUGAGAAACAUAUUUUCCAACCUCGACGAAAUCCUGCAGCUUCAUGUUUCAUUAAAUGAACAGAUGAGAAAAGUCUGGAAAAGAAAUGAAAACUUUGUGGUUGAUCAGAUUGGAGAGGACUUGCUUAACUGGUUCAGCUGUUCUGAAGAGGAGAAGUUUAAACGAGCUGCAGCUACCUUCUGCAGCAAUCAGCCCUUCGCUUUGGAACUUAUCAAAUCAAAGCAGAAGAAAGAUUCGAGAUUUCAGGCAAUCAUUCAGGAGGCACAGAGUAACCCGCAGUGCAGGAGGCUGCAACUUAAGGACAUCAUCCCAACUGAGAUGCAACGCCUGACCAAAUAUCCGUUACUCCUGGAGAACAUUGCGAAAAAUACAGAUCCAGAACAGCACGAAGAAAAGAAGAAGGUAAAACAGGCAGCAGAAUGCUGCCGUCAGAUCCUGAACUUUGUGAAUCAGGCUGUGAAGGAGGCUGAAAAUAAACAGCGGUUGGAAGAUUACCAGCGACGCUUGGAUCUGUCCAGCCUGAAACAGUCAGAUUAUCCGCAGAUUGAGGAGUUCCGGAAUCUGGACCUAACAAAGCGGAUCAUGAUUCAUGAAGGGCCUCUGACUUGGCGGGUGAAUAAAGAUAAGACAAUCGAUCUCUACACACUUCUGCUGGAGGACAUAUUGGUUCUAUCUCAGAAACAAGAUGAGCGUUUGGUGUUGAAGUGUCAUAGUAAAAAUCUCGCUGCCAAUGCUGACACCAAACACAUCUUCAGCCCCAUCAUCAAACUCUCUGCUGUGCUUGUGCGCGAAGUUGCAACAGAUAACAAAGCUUUCUUCGUCAUCUCAACGUCAGCUGAUGGUGCACAGAUCUAUGAGCUGGUGGCCCAGACAGUGUCUGAACGGAAAACGUGGCAGUAUUUAAUCACACAGACUUCAGGAUCGAUAAAGGCACCAAGCCACCAUGCCUCAGAACCACCUACUGAGAGUGAGCAGGAGGAUGAGGAAAAUCUGAGCGCAAUCCAGCAAGGCGGAUCAAGGAAAGUCCCAGGAAGGAUGUCGAGCAGCAGUGAUUCAACACAAGGUAAAGAGAUUGAUGACCCACUCGCUGUGAAUAUCUCGGCGUCCAGCAAACAGAAACAUAGUGCAAUCAUCUCUGCGCAGGAGACAGAGGAGCAGCCCAGGUACAUACAAGACUAUAACAGCCUCCGAAGACCAACUGCAGGGCAGCCCCCCUACAGAAGCACUGAGCUGCACUACUCAAGUCGGGCUCACAGUUCAGUAUCAUCACUCCCUUAUUCAAGAGCAGACGCUGCACUAAUAAGCCUUCAUUCCUUGAAGCAAAUACUGAUGGUUCAGCUGCUGGGUUCAGAUGACGAUGCCAGCGAUGGAACUUCUGUUCAGCACCUUGCAGAUGAGGACAGUUUAUCACUAAAACAGGAGACAGAUGGGCCACCUGACAGCAUGAUGUGUUUUCAAGGUGAGAUGCCCAACAAAGCACUGCAGCAUCAGGUGGAGAUGGCCAAUGGGACACUGGAAGAAUUGGAGGCUGAUAGCAGAGUUAGUGAAAGGACUAAAUUUACCCGUCAGUUGACACUGGAAGCAGGUCACAGUGAACGUGUCACAACUGAAGGACACGGACCAGACUUGGUAGCAGAUGAUGGUGGAGAGAGGUUCUAUGAUGCUCCAGAAGAUCAUUCAGAUGAGCGUCGAUCACAAGGGAACAGUUCAAGUCCAAGCAGAGAAGAGGAGGCAAGGUCACAAGCCUGUGCAUCAGGGAAUUUCCUAACCCUGGAUGAGUUUGCACAGACUGAAGGGAGCUCCACUGAUGAAAUAGAUAUGUCUACACUUGCGCCUGAUUAUUCUGUGGAUUGUAUCGCCCAAAGCACUGAGACAAGGGAGAGCAACAGCGCAACUGAUCCUUGUAAUACUGAAGGAUCAGAGGCAGGAAUUAGACAGCUGCUUCCUUCACACGUGCGCAACCAAAUCCUCCAAUUCAUACAUAAUAUCGAGUCUGAUCUGAAGAGUUUAAAGGAGGUGGAGCUGGAAUACUACAGUCAGCAUGACCUGGAAUCCACAGCUUCACAUGAGCCAACAGGAGACAGUUAAUGUAGUUUAUUCAAAAAUGGAAUCAAGCCAGGCAUGGUGAUGGAACAUAUGGGUGCUUGGAGAUGACCCCUUGAAGCUCCUGCUAGCUCUGGACUUUGGAGACAUUUGUGGAACUGAUUGUUUGUUCAAAUGCCGCUGAUUUCUGGGUCACUUUUGGGAUGGUGUAUCAGUGAGUCCUGCCUGUAUUGGUGUGUCUUGCCAGUUAUGGGUGCAUCCCAGUUCGGUUGAUGCAGUCGCCCUCCCUUGUCUGCGCACAUCUCUUUCAAUUAUAGAACUGAUCUCGCCCUCCGCAUCUCCUAAAACCAAAUGUACAGAAAUCAGCUUAGGGUUUGAUGAAAUCGAGAUGUAUUUAUUUGUAUUCACUUGCUAUGAUAAAUGCAGUUGUUUUGUUAUAAUUUUUAUUUUCAUAGCCUGUAUUAAGCUGAUUUGCAAAUGAAGAUUAAGAUCUGGUUAAUGCAUGGAGUCCAUGUGCUGGGUUCCAACAUUGAGCACAGUGGAAUAGAUAACUGGGGUGUAUGUGAGAGUUAUCAUGCAAUCAGGGUAAGAGUUACUACACUGCUGGGGUGAGAGAGGGAGAAUUUGUGUGUUUGUGUCUGUGUGUGUCUUACUGUACAGCUGGGUUACGAGGCAGUAACUACAUAUGAGGUGAAAGAAAGUUAGUUAUUCCAUUGGGUAAGAGAGGGUUAAUGCAGGUGUGUCAGUUACUGGACUUGGGCUUGAAUGUGUGUGAGAGAGAGAAAGAGAGAGAAAGUUGGUGUUCAGUAUGUGUGUGUGUGAGAAAGAGAACUAGUGCACAGAGAAUGCAAGGGAGAGCAGCUGUAUGGCGUGCGAAAGAGAUGGGGCUGGCAGAAUGUGCGAGAUAGAGUCAGUGCACUGACUGCAAGACUUGACGGCACAGCUGGGCUGUGAAAGGGAGCGUUAUUACACAGUUCAUCACUACAGCAAAGCUCCUGAUAGCUAAGCCAGGUUCAAGAUUCACAUUACAUCUGCUGUUAUUACCCUGAUCAGGGUUGUGGACCAAAGGUGCUCUGUAGCAAAACCUGCACCCAGAGCAAAGUAUCAGGUGCAGGGACAGGUUAGGGUUUCUCUUGUCAGGAGAACCACUACCUCUCUUAACUUGUCUUUCCUCUGUGCAUGCAGUGUGUUUGCAACAUACAGUUUAUUGUUUGUACUUUGAGUACUUGGCAAACACAUUCAUUCCUCACAUCCAUAUUGCCAGGGCUGUCACACCAUAUUUCCUCUGAUGCUCAUCUCUCACUGAUACUAUGGUGUUGGAACAAUUCGGGCACAAAAUUGCAGAGUAGGCUUCUGACACAAGAUGUUGGAAAUGUUAUGAUGGGCACUGGGUCUGGCCAGCUCCUUUUCUACCAGAAUUUUGUUUAUAUACGAUUUACAUUUAGAGUAUAACCUGGGAGUAGUUCCUGCACACCACAAGAAACCCCUCCUUUUUAGUCAGUGGCUUCCUGUAUUCCACUGUACAGAAGCAGUGGCUGUUACCAAGCCUACCCUGUUAACUGCUGUUUCCACAGCUAUAAUUGCAAUGUCCAAUCAUAAUUCCUGUCCCUUCUAAACCCAGAAACUGAUCUCAAUGUCACACAGAGCUCGGAGGAGAAGCUUCACCUUGCUGACGCCCAUCAGUUGAAAAUAAGUUGGAAAUCACUGUAAACCCACUUGCUGUUUGGUACAGAUGGUAAAAUGAACACAUAAGCUGUUAACAAGACAGAUACCCUCCCAGUGGAUGUCAGUUCUAACUCUGACUAAAGCAGAUACUUCAGCUCUCCAGUAAAUUUCCUCGCACCACUCUUGCUUCAGAGAUGAUGCUGAUUUGGUGUGAGUGCAUGAGCUAACUUUGCAUAUUGCCCCUCACGUAUGUACAGAUCUUCUAGAGCUCCCAUUGGUGCCCUGUACAUCAUCCUGCGCAACACACUAACCCUGCUGCCUCCCCUAAUUAUAGUUUUAUUUGUCUCAAGUUUAUGAUAUAUUUCAAUUGGUUUUAUCUAACUUUGUAAAAUAGCAUCUCGUUUAAGAUUUAGCAAUGACAUUAUGUUACUUGAAAAAAAAAAGCAAAUAUAAUUCUGUUCUGGGAUCUGGGUUUUAAAGAAAUGUUUCAUUAUAAUUAAAUUGUUUCAGUAUAAUUAAAAAGCUGUGGCAUAAAGUUGCUUUUGUUAUCU